CAAUUGUUUUGAACAUCAAAUGCGUUUGAUAACAACAAUACUCAGUCUCCUGAUUAUCGUUUUGCUGCUGCUCCUUGUGACAAGCAAUUUUAAUUAUUUGCGUAAUUGGAUAAAGACAGCGUUAAUGAGAUCCGACAACUGCAUUGUAAAGAAAUCUAUAAAAGACAACAAUCGGAUACCAGGACAUUGCGAUGAAAAUAAAAUACUGCAACAAUUUGCACGCCUAUACAUUACAAGUCCAGAGCGGAUUGUGCACCUUUUAACGGAGAGACCCCUGUUCAACACCUGCAAUCAGGUGUCCGAUGUAUUGACUAAAAUAAAUAAGAUUUUGACACGGCAUCAGGCAUUUUCCGUGGAUAAUCUUUAUGUGAAGCUGUAUAAUGGGUUGAAGCACUUUGAUGAUAACAUUUGCCAACGCAGUUUUUCUGCGGAAGACAAAGAUCUAACAAAUUACCAGGAUUGCAUACAAGAACUCCACGAAGAUUUGAUUGAGUGCGAAGGACCACCGGAUUGGUUUGAAAAGACAAAUGAGGCUGUAGUUUGCCAGUACCUCAAUGACAUUGUCAACUGUCACUACAUCAAAACAGCAAUGUUAUGUGGCUUGAAGCCAGCUCUCCUGCUGAGAACUUUUUCUAUUGGUAUUAUGCAAGAAGUGGUAACGAGCAAAUGCAAAGUUUCAAAGUCAUUGCCACACGUUGACGAUCCAAUGCCGGGUGGAACGAUAAUGUUCGAAUCUUAUUCAUUACUCUAUCCCUGUGCUUUUUGUGUAUUGUUAUUGCUUUUUCUGUUAUAG